CGGCCUCAGUUUCUGAAAUGGCACGAGCGAGGCCGAACGUAUCGUCCGUCGCUCAGUGAAUUCGCAGUAGGCUGUAACGCUAUGCAUUGAGUUGACAUUUCGACACGCAUUUAAAUCGACAAUACCCUUUAGUGAUCAGAAAAACGACUGUAGAGUUUUCUUUACCGGAUCGAAUGAUGUGAAGAGUUCUAUGGUUUAGAGAAGGUUGUGUUGUCCUUGGGGAAGAUGGCGGCGGACUCGGGCUUGUUUGGGCUGACGACGACGCUGGUCUUGCUCGCCCUCCUCCUUCCUGCGGCCUCUGCCACCUGCCCCGUCGACUGCCACUGCCUAGGGACCAUCGUCGACUGCUCCAAGAGUGGCCUGACAGAAGUGCCUCCCGACCUGCCCAGUUGGAUAGAAAAACUGGAUUUGAGCGACAAUAAAAGACUGAAGCUGAAAGAAGGCGACUUCAAUGGAUUGCCCAAGCUGAAGACCUUGUGCCUGAAGGACCUCGGACUCGAGCGCCUGCCACCCCUCGGGAAUCUGCACUCUCUUGAGGCUCUUUACUUAAGUAGCAACCGUAUCAAGUCGGUGGAAAACCUGUCGCUGACUGGGAUGUUGAGGUUGAGAGAGCUGGAUCUCUCCAGAAACCGUCUGACAACGCUGUCCUCUCCGCCCUUCAAAAAAGUCAAGCUCCGAAAGCUGAAUCUCAGUAGAAAUUAUAUAUCUUAUCUGGACACCCAGUCUUUCGAAAGUCUGCCAUAUUUAGAAGAACUGAAGUUAUCCCGAAAUCAUCUGAACGCGUCGACAUUUAGCCGGACUGCGCACAUCUUCAGAAACCUCACCAAUCUUCGAUCUCUAGAUCUGAAUGGAAAUAAACUCCACAGACUAGAGGGUUUAGUGUUUGAGCAUCUCAAGAAGUUAAAGGUUUUGAAGCUGCGUCGUAAUGAGAUCACAUCCUUCAGUGAUGGUGUUUUCUAUGGACUUAAUGCUAUAGAAAAUUUGCUUCUUGACUACAACAACAUUACCACAAUAUGCAAGGGAUUAUUGUUUGGUCUGUCUUCUCUGACACACUUGUCUCUGAGUCAGAACCAGAUUGAUUCCAUUCGUCCAGAUGCAUGGGAGCCGACAAAGCAUUUAAAAACUUUGGACUUAAGUAACAACAGACUUGUAUCACUCAGAGAGGGAACAUUCAGAGCUCUGGGAGCCUUGACUGUUCUCACUCUCUCUCACAAUCACUUAGCUCAUAUUGAGCGGGAUGCAUUUGCACCAACUUCAAGUCUCCUAACAUUGGACUUGUCUCACAAUCAGCUAAGAUGGAGUGUUGAAGAUAACAGUGGAGCCUUCAGUCGACUGGAGAGAGUUCACACACUGUCUUUGGCCUAUAAUGGGAUAGAGACAAUACAUGCUGAAACAUUCACUCCACUCAGGGAACUUUCAUCUUUGGAUAUGAGGGGAAACCAGAUUCGAACAAUCCCCCACAAUCCUUUUAUUGGACUGAAUCGUUUAACAUCAGUCCAGUUAAAUACUUCCAGUCUUGUAUGUGAUUGUCAUUUGUCAUGGCUUCCAGGCUGGCUGUCAAGUUUGUCUUUCAAUAACUCCUCUAUUAUUGCUUCUUGUAGUUAUCCCAACCGGUUGCGAGACCGACCUGUAGCCACAAUUUCCAGCAGGGAUUUUGCCUGUGAAUCUUCCCCACGACCUAUUAUUAGUCAGUCUCCAAAAGAUCAGAUUGCACUACGUGGGGCAAAUGUUACCUUAGCAUGUGUUGCUGAGUUUGGAAGUGAAGGAGACCAACCAAAAUUUAUGUGGCGAAAGAAUAACCAGUUAUUAGUAAAUGUUCAGCUGGAAACUCUUGUUAGUGUUGUGGGAGGAGAUGGUGAAGGAGGAGCAAAACACAAUGUCACAUCCUUGCUUCAUCUUCAGAAUGUGUCAGAUGAAGAUACUGGAGAAUAUCAAUGUGUAGUUCGUAAUCAUUUUGGGGCAAGUUACUCUCAACGUGCUAAUAUUCAAGUGCAUGUAUUUCCUUACUUUACUAAGAGACCUGCAAGUGUAGAGGUUCGUAUUGGAGAAGUGGCUAGAUUAGAGUGUGCAGCUGAAGGUUCCCCAACACCAGAAAUAUCAUUAGUAAAGGAUGGCCUUGAUUUCCCAGCUGCUCGUGAAAGAAGAAUCCAUGUUUAUAACAAUGAAACAAUAUUCUUCAUUAAACCAGUAAAAUCUGAUGACGAAGGACAAUAUACUUGUAAUGCGAAAAAUGCAGCUGGUGUGGCAUCUUCUCAUGCAUCACUGACAGUACGACAAACUCCAAAAUUUACAAAAAGCCUUCAGGACAGAGUUGCAAUACUUGGUGAUGAUGCUGUUCUAGAAUGUCAGGGUACUGGGAAACCUACACCAAAACUGACUUGGACCAAAGAUGGUGAUAUACUUUCAGAUAUAACAUCUACAACAACAACUGGAAUAGUAAUGAUGGCAGUUGUUGGCUGUGUUGUCAUCACCUCACUUGUUUGGGUCGUUAUUAUAUACCAGACAAGAAAGAGACCCCAGGCUGGUUCAUUAGGACCACCACCUGCCUAUCCAAGGGAAGAGGUUUUAGGGAGGUAUCCUGCCCACCUGCCAACUCAUCAUCACCUGCCAUCAGACCUUGUGCAUACUUUCACUCCACUUCUGGCCAAUUCACAUGAGACUUAUACAACAGCAGGGCAAGACAGUGGCUCAGAGCACUCCAGUGGCAAGGACAGUGGGACAGGAGAUUCAGCCCAGCGGUCUAAUGAAGACCUUCUUCCUCUUGAUCUUUCACGUCCUGGUCUUAGGCGGUCACUGAUUAUCUGUGCUGAGAAUGGGUCUGCUUCAGUUUUAAGGGGAGCCAGUGCAGUAAGUGUUGGUCCAAAUGGAGAACUCGUGGGAUGUGAAGAUGCACUUGGCCGUCCAAGAUUAUCUACAUUUAGCCCUCAUCUUUCUCCUGGAAGCUAUAGUCCUAACCAGUAUACUGCCAGUCUAAGAAGGGGUUCAAAUUCACGUCGCCACCCAGUACCGUCACCAACCUCACCUUCAGCUUCUCUACCUCGGGGUCAAACCCUCUGUCAGACAGACGAUCGUGUUCACCAUUCUAUGCUUGCUUCUCCCUCUCCUUCAACUGAAACAUGUGAACAUUAUAGUUCACAUGUAGUACCAGCUUUAAUGGAUGACCAAGAAGAAGCUGGUAAUAAAAAUAUAGAUCCUGUUGGUGAGCCAGUAGGUGAAUCAUGUGUUGUAAAUAUUAGUGAUAAUGACCCAAAUAACCUAAGAACAGUGAUUUGCAGUGCUGGGGAUAGCCGCAGUGAACUGGAUUUAAGGUUAGAUACUGCAGAAGUGAAACACAAUAGCAUUCCUAAACAGACAAUUGAAUCCAGAUAAUUUUUAGUGACUACUAUGGAUUAUAAAGUAACUGGAAUUGCACCUUCCACCACUAACUUUUUAUAGUUCCCAGGUUUCAUUAACAGCAUUCCACAUAUUGAAAAAUGAGAAUGUUUUUAAUAAACAAUAAAUUUAUAAAGAGCACUGAUAGAUAGUCUAGUAGUUAUAAUAGUGAACUGCAUUUGAACAAGCUGACUUAACCAGUAGAGAUAACAUUUUACUGUGGUGGAUUGGUGCAAUUGUUUGUUUUUAAGUACCUGUCUGGUGCCAUAGUAGUUCCAGUGCUGCCAGUGUCAAGUUGUACAAUUUUGUUUUCAUUGUUGAUGGCCUAUUGGUGUUGUAGCAAUCUUUGUAUACUCAGUACUUUGGCCUUUAAUGUAAUCUGGCUUAAUUUUCUGUGUAUACUAAAAUGUGUACAUGUUUAUACUUUGCAAGAAUUUUCUUGCAUAUUCACUUGAUCUAAGAAAUUUCAUUCAUCAUUCAUAUGGAAUAUCAGAAUGAUUUUCCCUUUCCAGUCCAGCCUCAGUAGAAGUUAAUGAGACUUGUGCUCUGUGAGCAUAUGAUUAAUUCUAUGACAUUUUUAACUUCUCAGCCAUCUGAAGGGCUUCAAUUCUAGAGUAAGCCAGCAACAUGCAUUCUCCGUGAUACCAAGGUACUGAAAGUACCAUAGGAAAUUUGUGGUGCAUUAUUAGGUUCUUAAGUUUUAUUUUCAUACAUUGUCUUUAUUAGAGAGAAAGUUUUAGUGUUCCUUGUCUGAGAAUAUUUUUAUAUUCAUUUUUGAUUUUAUGUAGUAACAGUUUUGCUUUGUAUAACAAAUGUACAGUUGCUUUAUGUCAUAGAUGCAAUGUUGGAUGAUACCAAGUGAAAGAAGCUACAGUGAAGAUGGUAUGAUUUUUUAUUUUGAUUUCUGAUAAAAUGUCGAAAGCACUGUCAUUUGUUUGUAGACUAAAUAUAUCAAGUUCAAAUGCCUCAAAAUAUGUGUUGUGAAAUAGGUUAAUGAACUAAGCCCAGUCAAGCAUUAAGCUGUUACUGUUAUUACAGGCAUUUAUCACAAAAUUGUAUUUUAAGCUUGAAACUAGUCACUUAUUGGACAUAGUUAUUAUGUCACAACCUGUUAUGUCAUCACUUGAUAGUCAUUGUAUAACAAUUUAAAUAAACAUAUAUAUACCAAAUUACUAUUCACUUUCAUAAAGUGUGUUUUAAAUAUUCAGCAGAUUGAGUUUUCAACCUUUAAAAGAGCAUGGAUGUUCCCGGUUUAGUGCAAGACUUCUUCAUGGUUGUGACAUAUUAACAAACAAUGUAACAUAUUUGAAAUUUUAUAUGAUGUUCCUGUAAAGGCUUUGUCUUAUGUAACAUGUACAGUCUAUAUUUUGUUGAUUUUGUUGGCAGUUAUAUAAUCAGUUUAUUAUUAUUCAGAAGUAGAAAUAUUUAUAUUAUUCCUACUAUUUUAGUAUUUCAUGUUGCAAAUUGGGAUAAUUAGUGCCAGUUGAGGGGGUGGGAUUAAUUGUUAAUAAACAAAAACAAUGAAGCAGGUUCUGACUUGUUCAAUCAGUCCUGUUCCAGUUUGCAUUUACACAGGCAGCAUGAAUAUAUGAAUCAUACAUAUGAUUUUAAAGAUUACACCUUGAAUCAGUUUUUAUUAAUUAAAUUAAAUUUAUAUGUCUUUACUGUAUAAAGGAAAUGUGGUUGAAUUGUUCAGACUUAUUUUGCACAAAUCAAACAGUGGGAAAAAGCAAUGAGGAUGAGAAAACAAUAAUAAAAAGUUAGUUGUCUAUAUUUGCUUGUUCCUGCAUUCCAUAGGAGGUUCAGAAAAAUUUAAUCUGUCCUCUGAACAGUGUUUAUGAAAUAGAAUGAGGUGCUACAGUGAAAAAUUUACUUAAUUUACUGACAUUUAAGAAGUUCACAAUAGCAUUAUAAAUGUAUUUCACAUACAGAUAAUGUGAUUGAUAAUGUACACAUGAAAUACAGAAAUAAAUCUUGAAUAUU